GGUGCCGUCGGGCGGAGCGGAGCUGCGGGCGCGGUGCGGUGCGGGUGGCGGACUCGGCACGUGGCUCCCGCAACCGCGGGCGGCAGCUCCAGCACCGGCUCCGGUCCUGCCUGCACCAUUGGCUCCGCCAGCGGCUCCGGUCCUGGUUACAGCGGGAGCUCCGCUCCCGGCUCCGCUCUCGGCUCCAACCCCGACUCCGCUCCCGGCUCGGGUCCCGGCUCCGCUCCCGGCUCCGUCACCGGCUCUACGCUCGUCCCCUCUUCCAGCUCCAGUCCCGGCUCCGCCCGCAGCUCCGCUCCCGGCUCCGGUCCCAGCAACAAUUCCAGCCCCACUGCUCCGUGCCCGGCCCCGCGCCCGGCCCCAUCGCUCCCGGCCCCGGUGCUGUCCCCAUCCGUUUGUCCCUAUUCCUUCUCUCAUCCCUGUCCCAUCCCCAUCCCUAUCCACAACCCCCGCUCCUGGUCCCAUCGAUCCCAGCCCCAUUCCUGUCCCCAUCCCUGUCCUUGCUGUUAGCUCCGGUGCCAGCCCUACUGCCGUCCUCAUCCCCAUUCCCGUCCCCAUCCCUAUCCCUGCUGCUAUCCCCAGCCCCGACCCCGUCCCCAUCCCUGCUGCCGGCUCCAGCCCCACCGCUCUCCCCAUCCCUGUUCCCACCACCACCUCCAUCCCCAUUCCUGCCCCUAUCCCUUCUGCUCUCACCAUCCCCACCACUGUUUCCAACCCCAUCCUCACUUCCAUCCCCAUCCCCAUCCCCGCUGCUCUCCCCAUCCCCAUCCCCGACCUCAUCCCUGCCGCCGUCCCCAUCCUCGUCCCCAUUCCCACCUCCCUCCCUGCCACCAGCCCCAUCCCCACCGCUGUCCUCAUCCCGCCCCAUCCUCGCUCCCAGCCCUCUCCCUGCCGCGCCGUGAGGCUCAGCGGGCGGCCCCCUGCCGUCCACCCCCCCGGCUCCACCAUCGCUCCCAAGGGUGACGAGGACCUUCUGGCACUGGCUGCCUCUCGGCUGAGCCGCAGGAAACGCGUGGCCGGGGCGGCCGUCGGCGUGGCCAUGGUGCUGGUGCUGCUGGUGGCCAUCCCGCUGCUGGUGCACAGCUCCAAGGCGGCCGCCCACUACGAGAUGCUGGGCAGCUGCCGCAUGGUUUGCGACCCCUACCCCGAGCUGCCUCCCGCCUCCCCCCCUCCCUUCCUACCGGGGGCAAAGGGAGAACCGGGGCGCAAAGGGCGUGCCGGCGUUCGGGGCCCCCCCGGACCACCGGGACCACGGGGACCUCCAGGUGAACCGGGUCGGCCGGGACCACCGGGACCUCCAGGGCCGGGUCCUGGGGGGUACAUACCCUCCUUCUACAGCCCCAAGAUUGCGUUCUAUGCGGGGCUGCGGAAGCCCCACGAGGGCUACGAGGUGCUGCGCUUCGACGACGUGGUGACCAAUGUGGGCAACUACUAUGAACCGUCGAGUGGCAAGUUCACCUGCCCGCUCCCCGGCAUCUACUUCUUCACCUACCACGUCCUCAUGCGCGGCGGCGACGGCACCAGCAUGUGGGCUGACCUCAUGAAGAACGGGCAGGUUAGGGCCAGCGCCAUCGCUCAGGACGCGGAUCAGAACUACGACUACGCCAGCAACAGCGUCAUCCUGCACCUGGAUGUGGGUGAUGAGGUGUGCGUCAAGCUGGACGGUGGCAAAGUGCACGGCGGUAACACCAACAAGUACAGCACCUUCUCAGGCUUCAUCAUCUACCCUGACUGAGCACUGGGCUGAGGGGUCGGGGGGGGGGGGCAGCUCCUAAGGCACCGUUGCCCUCCCCUAAAGCCCCGAGGUGAUGAUGCCCAUAGGGCUGUGCACCUCUGCCCUGCAGGCACCGAUACCUCGCAGCUCCUUUGCACACACACAGCAGCCCCCCCGUGCACCCCCUCCCUGUCACACACGCACGUGCAUGCUCACUGCCGUCCCCACGCGCCUCCUCCACGUUGCACACGUGUGUGCACCCACAGCCCCUCCCCACACACCCACUCACGAGUGUAAACGCUCCCUGCCCGCCCCUGCAUGUCAGCAACCUGUGGGCAUUGGGGUCCCCCAUUGCUGUGCUGUCCCCCCGGAGCCCCCCAUCCCCAAACCCCGCAGCCGUUUGUUGCACUCUGUGUUCCCCCCAAUAAAAUAUAGCGGGUUUGGAGGUGCA